AUGGGACUUGAAAGAGAGAGGCGUUUUCAGCUAUCGUUUUUGAUAACUGGCGGCUGGAUUCUAGCAAACAUUGCAUGCUUUACUUUUGAGUAUUUCAAGCUCAAGCAAAGAGAAGAGUAUUUCUACACACGAGAGCUUUUCGGACAAUCAAUUUUAUUCUCCCGCGGAGCUGCUCAAGCAAUUAACUUCAACGUCUCCAUUCUUUUAUUCACAGUAUGCCGAAACCUAAUCGCCUUUCUCCGCGGGAUUCUUCCACAAGGCUUCGGUUUUCUGUUCGACAACGCAAUUUAUGUUCACAAACGCCUUUCUUACGCCAUUAUUCUUUGGUCCCUCGCUCACAUCGGUGCGCAUUACUACAACUUUUUACACAACUAUGCCGCUUUUACCGCUCCAGAUUCGCUUAUUUCUCAUCAACUUGUCAUUCAUGGAAAUCUUUCAUUGUUCAAAACUAAUCCUGCCGAGCUUGCGAUGGAGAUUUUCUUCCUUCAAGCCGGGACAAGUGGAAUUUUACUGACCUUGGUAUUCUUCGUUGUCUUCACUUCUUCCGCCGAGCCAAUUCGCCGCUCGUUUUUCAACUUGUUCUACUACCUUCAUCACUUCACUUUUCUCAUCUUUCCACUUCUUUACUGGCAUGGAAACGGGCGCGCUGUCAAAAGUCAAAUUAACAUGCAAUUUCACGACCCAGAAGUUUGUUCCUUGCCAAUCAACUCCGACAAUUGGAAUCAACCAGGCUCGCUUUGCCCAGAGCCGGCCUUUCAGGGCUUCUCUUCGCAAUCAUGGAAAUGGUUCAUCGCUAGUGUCGCUUUUUAUACGAUCGAGUUGAUCAUCCGCUUCUUUCACUUUCUAUGGCCAGUCGAUUACGUCUCCCACGAAAUUCUACCCUCAGAUGUUCUACAACUAAAAGUUCGAAAGUCGACGCUUUCUUUGCGAAAAAAUGCUCAUUUCAUCGGCCAGUACGUUUACGUAAAACUCCCUAGCAUUUCCAUCUUUGAAUGGCAUCCAUUCACCCUGACCUCUGCACCCGAAGAUGAUUUCCUCCAAGUCCACAUUCGUUCCGUUGGCGACUGGACGCAAAAUGCCAUCCGACUGUUCAAGGAAAACCAGGCAAUACCGAAAAUAAUCAUAGAUGGUCCCUAUGGAGCGCCAGCGCAGGGCCUGGACGAAUUCCAAACGAUCAUUUGCGCAGGCACGGGCAUUGGCAUCACACCCUUCGCCUCUUAUGUGCGCUCAGCGAUGAUCAGGAAGCUAGAGAGCCGGAUAUAUUUCGUCUGGAUUGCGCCUAAGAUGGAUUGCUUUGAAUGGUUUGAUGAGCUUUUGAGCCAAGCUGAGGGCAAAGUCCCUUUUUUACGGGUGAUGAUAUUUCUAACACUCUCGAAUAUGGACCCUGCAACUGCACAGGACGUGAUUUACGCCGACCUCAACUCCUCAGGGGGCAACAACAAUAAGUCACCGUUGCGCAAAAACUAUGGCCGUCCCAACUGGGAUAAGAUUUUCGACGAGGUCGCCUCCACCAACCAGAACGCCAACGUCGGCGUUUUCACAUGUGGACCGAAGCCGUUUACCAACGAGCUGAGAGAGAUUUCAAGGAAAAAGUCGACUGACCACAUCGAGUUUACCUUUUUCAAAGAGAACUUCUAG